AUGACCCUAGCUGUGACUGAAAGGCCUGACUUGGGCUCUGUUGCCUCGGGCUCUCUUGCCUCCAUCAACGGCCAGGUGCUGGUGAAGAAACAGCGCCUCAAACGUGUUGUAGGGAACUGCAACUAUUGGGUCAACAACAAGCAUGACAAGACCCUGCAAGUGUAUCCAGUGCCCAGAAUCAUAGCCCAGGUGAACAAAAGAGUUGGGGAGAAAAGGACAUAUAAAGUCUUGGCUGAGAACAGCAAACACUUUGCUAAUGAGAUGCACUACAACAAAGCAAUAAGUGACAAGCUAAUCAUGCAAAGGACAUUAGUAUUGUCGCAAUGA